CAAUGUCCAAAGGAACAGUCCUCAUCUCAGGACUCAACGGCUUCAUCGCCGGAGUCACAGCAAAGUACCUUCUAGACAACGGCUACAAUGUCCGCGGCACUGUUCGGAAAUCCUCUUCAGCCACCGCUAUCGUCGAGGGGCCUCUGAAAUCCUACGCCGAAUCAGGGGCCCUCACCGUCGUUGAGGUCCCCGACAUCACCAUUCCCGGCGCCUUCGACGAAGCCGUGAAAGGCAUCACCGCCAUCGCCCACCUCGCCUCCCCCGUCUCCUUCAACUUCACCGACCCGGACCCCAUCAUCAAAGCUGCCCUAAGCGGCACCACCACCAUCCUAAACAGCGCGCUCAAAGCCGGACCACAGCUCAAGUCCUUCAUCUUUCUCUCCUCCAUUGUAGCCAUCAUGUCCGGCAAUCCAGCACCCUACACAUAUACCGAGAAAGACUGGAACAAUUGGGCCGAGCCCACGGUCGCAGCCAAGGGCAAGGACGCACCCGGCGCCGCCAUCUACUGCGCCUCCAAAGCCGCCGCCGAGAAAGCCUUCUGGAAGUUCCGCGAGGACAACAAGCCUGCGUUCGCGCAGACGGCGCUCAACCCCGUCUUCGUCAUUGGGCCGCCUCUCAUCGCGCCUAAGACGCCUGCUGAUAUUGGUGAGACCAUCCACGCCAUCUGGAAUAUCUUCAGCGGAGGAAAAUUCCCGCCCGAGGGACUCACGCCGGGCCUUGGGACCACCGUGGACGUGCGCGAUGUCGCGGCGCAGAUUGAGUAUGCCAUCGCGCACCCGGAUGAGACGGAUGGAGAGCGGUACCUCAGUUCUGCGGCGGUGGCUACGGCGCAAUCGACCGCCGAUAUCUUGCGGAAGGCAUUUCCGGAGGCAAAGGGCAGGAUUGUGGAGGGGACGCCCGGGAAAGGGUAUAAGAGUGACUACACGCUGUUGGAUGUGGAGAAUGUGCAAGCUUCGGAUGGGAGCAAGGCUAAGAAGUUGUUGAAGGGUGGGGCGUACAUACCGCAUGAGAAGAGUGUCGUUGAUACGGCGAGGAGCUUUGCGCAUUUGGUAUGA